AUGGCUCCGCCUGCCAUAGCUCCGGUCGCUGCCGCGCUCCUCCUCGCGGCGCUCGCCUCCCUCCACGGCGCCGCGGCCACCGGCGUGUUCCAGGUGCACCGCAAGUUCACUCGAGCAGCCAACAUUACCGUCCACCUCGCCCACGACGUCGGCCGCCACGGCCGCCUCCUCGCCGCCGCCGACGUGCCCCUCGGCGGCCUCGGCCUCCCCACCGGCAGCGGGCUCUACUACACCAAGAUCGAGAUCGGGACGCCGCCCAAGCAGUACCACGUGCAGGUGGACACCGGCAGCGACAUCCUCUGGGUCAAUUGCAUCACCUGCGACAAAUGCCCCAAGAAGAGCGGACUCGGGAUAGACCUGACGCUGUAUGACCCCAAGGGAUCAUCCAGUGGGAGCACGGUAUCGUGCGAGCAGGAAUUCUGCGUGGCCACAUACGGCGACAAGCUGCCCGGCUGCAAGGCGAGCAUACCUUGCGAGUACAGUGUCACCUAUGGCGACGGUAGCUCCACCACGGGCUACUUCGUUACCGACUCCCUGCAGUAUAAUCAAGUCUCUGGGGAUGGGCAGACACGGUAUGGCAAAGCCAACGUCACAUUUGGGUGUGGUGCUCAGCAAGGUGGGGAUUUAGGUAGUACAAACCAGGCCCUUGAUGGAAUUGUUGGGUUUGGUGAAUCAAAUACAUCAAUGCUAUCACAGCUAGCUGCUUCAGGAGAAGUGAAGAAGAUAUUUUCUCAUUGCUUGGAUACCAUAAGUGGAGGCGGAAUCUUUGCUAUUGGAGAUGUGGUACAGCCAAAAGUAAAAACAACACCAUUGAUACCCAAUAUGCCGCACUACAAUGUGAAAAUGAAGUCAAUCGAUGUUGGUGGUACUGCACUACAGCUUCCACCACAUAUUUUUGAAACGAGUGAGAAAAAAGGAACUAUCAUUGAUAGUGGUACAACCUUGACAUAUCUUCCGGAGCUGGUUUACAAGGAUAUCAUGGCUAAGAUUUUUGAGAAGCAUCAGGAUAUGACCUUCCGCACUAUUCAAGAUUUUAUGUGUUUUCAAUAUCAUGGAAGUGUAGAUGAUGGAUUUCCAAAAAUCACCUUCCAUUUUGAGGGCGAUCUUGGACUGCAUGUGUAUCCACAUGAUUACUUUUUCCAAAAUGGGGAUGACCUGUAUUGCUUUGGAUUCCAAAAUGGUGGUUUGCAAUCAAAGGAUGGAAGGGAUAUGGUGCUUUUGGGAGAUCUAGUCCUUUCAAAUAAGGUGGUUGUCUAUGACUUGGAAAACCAAGUCAUUGGCUGGACCGAUUACAACUGCUCCUCUAGCAUUAAAGUUAAGGAUGACAAGACUGGGGCAUCAUACACUGUUAAUGCGCACGAUAUCUCCUCUGCCUGGAGACGUCAGUGGCAAGAGUCCCUGAUUCCGUUGUUGGUAACAAUGGUGUGCAGCUACCUAAUCUUCUAACUCUGACGUACAACACAAACUCUGAUGAAAAUUCAAUUGAUUUAUGUUCUUUUCACAUAGAGGAAACGUAGGGCUUUAGGUUGUAUUCUCUGACAAAGGGAAUAGAAUGAAAAGAAAAAUCAAUGUUGUACACUAUGCAGUUAGAAUAUGGGUGAGUAAUUCAAUGUUGUUGUGAAAAAUAUAUGGCUGUAAGUAAUUUGAGGGGUCCCCCUCUGUGGAAAUGGGGAUCUGCAGUUUUGUUUUCUACAUCAUUGUUAA